AUGCAAGAAAAUGUGGACUUGGAUCUUAGUAUAAUUCAUCAUAGUGAAACUUACAUUGGCUCUAUAGUUGCUGGAACUGAUUGUGAUAGUUCUGAAGAAGAGGAAGGUGAUGAACUUGUAUCUAGUGAUUAUUACAGUGAGGAGUUGGAGAUGUUUAGAAACGAAAGGACUAAAGAAGUCAAUAAAAAAUUAGACAUGUACAAAGAGUUGGAAAAAGGCAUGACCGUUAAAGAUAUACCUGAAGCUAGAAGAAUUAUUGGAUUUUAUGCAGUUGCUAAUUCUAAGGGUCUAAAGGUAAAAAAGAGUGAUACAAAAAGACUUAGCUAUAAAUGUGAUACUGGAUGUCCUUUUAGGUGCUUUAUUUCUAAGGAUGGGCAAAGCCAAACUUUUAAUAUCAAGACUUUGAACCAAAAUCACGAUUGUGAUCCAGUUUAUCAAAAUCAUAGAGGUGAUUCCAAAACAUUAGCACAUUACUUUAAGAGAAAAAUUCAGAAUAAUCCUAAGUAUAAGAUCAAAGAUAUGAGGGGAGACUUGGAAGGAGAAUUCAAGCUCAAUGUUAGCAAGUCAAAAAUGAAAAGAGUUAAAAGGAUUGUAUUGGAGAAAUUGGAGGGGAGUUACCUGGAUGACUACAAUAGAUUAGAGGCAUACGCACAAGAAUUGAGAGAGAGCAAUGUUUGUUCUGAUGUGGUGGUAAAUAUAUCCAAGGAAGCCUUGGCAGAAGGGUUGGAUGGCACAUUUUUAAAAGGAAAAUGCAAGGGGCAAUUGUUGAUGGUUGUUGGACAAGAUUCUGGGAAUCAUUUCUAUCCAAUUACUUGGGCGGUGGUGGAUAAAGAAACCAAUAGGACAUGGAGUUGGUUUAUGGAGAUGAUGAAGAUUUUAUUGGACUUGAAGAACGGUGAAGGGGUGACCUUUAUCUCAGAUAUGCAAAAGGGGCUGCUGGAUGCUAUUUUUGUAGUGGUUCCUAAAGCAAAUCACAGAUUUUGUGCAAGACACAUUGAAGCUAACUGGGCAAAGAAACACAAGAGGGGUGGGGAGAUGAGGAAGAUGUUGUGGUAG